UUUUAGAGGUCAAUUAUGUGGAUGACGAGCAAAGGCAGAGAGGCGUACGUGUCAGCUCUUGUUGGGGGCCCCCCGUCUGAAGCCGCGCACUCCGCAGGAGACCAGCUGAAACUGGAAGAAUUUUCUUACACUUGCCACCGUCCGUCGUAAAUUAAGAACAGAUGGAACAAAUUGUUAACGCGACGCUGUGAAGGUUGAACAGAAGAGGGCAGCUGCUGGUCUCACAGUUCUGUAGCUGACUCGGCUUGUAUGCUGGACAGGAUGUCAGGAAUGGGCGGCAUGAAGCUGUUUCGGAGUAAGAAGGUGCUGCUGGAAGAUGGACUGCAAGAAGCUGGCAUUCUGGUGGGGCAGGAGGGCAAGAUUGACAGGAUACUGAGGAAGGACGAGCUGGCAACCCUUCAGCACAACGCAGAGGUCCUCGAUGUGGGGAACCUUGUGAUCAUGCCCGGUUUGGUCGACUCUCAUGUGCAUGUGAAUGAGCCAGGACGGACGGAAUGGGAAGGGUACUGGACAGCCACAAGGGCAGCUGCAGCAGGAGGUGUGACCACUAUUGUUGACAUGCCACUAAACUCUAUUCCACCCACAACAACCAAAAAAAAUUUAGAGACCAAAAUGAUUGCAGCAAAAGGUAAAAAGCAUGUGGAUGUUGCUUUCUGGGGUGGAGUUGUACCUGGCAAUCAGAAUGAACUAAAGGACAUGGUGGAAGCUGGUGUGGUGGGCUUCAAAUGCUUCCUGUGCCCAAGUGGUGUGGACGAGUUUCCAGAAGUGACAAAGGAGGAUGUAGAGUUAUCACUGAAGGAGUUGGAAGGAACAAAUUCUGUUCUGGCAUUCCAUGCUGAAUGUGAGCUGGGAGCAGAACUUGUGAUGCCUUCAGACAAUCCUUGUGAGUACAGGACAUUCCUGAGAUCAAGGCCACCAAAGAUGGAGGUAACAGCUGUUCAACUCAUAACACAAUUAUGCUCAAAAUACAGUGUGCGAUGCCACAUUGUCCACCUGUCAGCAGCAGAAGCACUGCCAUUUGUGAGGGCAGCCAAGAGCAGUGGACUGCCCCUCACAGCCGAGACAUGUCAUCAAUAUCUGACACUCAACGCAGAAGCAAUUCCUGACUGUGCCACGCAGUAUAAGUGCUGCCCACCUAUCAGAGGUCUCCAAAACAGGGAACGACUGUGGGCUGCUUUGGUGGCUGGUGAACUGGACAUGGUGGUAUCUGACCACUCACCUUGCACACCAGAAAUGAAACAGACAAGAGGAGGAAAAGCCCAGUUCUUAACAGCAUGGGGUGGUAUAUCUUCUCUCCAAUUUGGACUGUCACUUUUUUGGACAGAAGCCAGGAAGCGAGGCUUUUCAAUAGCAGACAUAUCACGUUUCUUGAGCCAGAACCCUUCCAAACUCUGCGGACUACAGUAUGCCAAAGGACAACUCAAAGAGGGAAUGGAUGCAGAUUUAGUAAUAUGGGACCCAGAAGCAAAAUUUCAGGUGGAGAAAUCAAUAAUUCAACAUAAGCAUAAGCUGACGCCCUACCUUGGGAAGUGGCUAAAUGGGCGUGUCAUAUACACCAUUCUUCGUGGACAAGCUGUGUAUCAAAAUGGAAAGUUUUCACCGCCUCUGGGUCGGCUUGUUCUUUCUUCUGCAUCAAAACACUGAACUGAAUUCCUGGAAGUCAAAGCUUUGUUUAUAUUUCUGCACUAAUAAACAACAUAUGCCCAUACUCACUAAUGUAACUAAAGUUGUAUACAGCAUGCUGUAUAUUUUUAUAAUAUACUUAUCCAAAUCAUGAAAUAAAA